UAUCGCCAUGGGUGGUGGUGUAGUACGUAACUUGUGACAAACUCGGUCCGAUUCGCCCAUAGUUUGUUACACUGUCUCGCAUUCUGUGUAUACCAAGCUUGCAAUGCCUCAUUCUGAUAUCCUGCUCGUGUGAUUUUCAUUUUAAUUUUGAAGCUUGGCGGUAUAUCUUACGAAUAUCAUCUGAUCACGUGGCAAAUACAUGAUGCAGCUGAUUUCGGGCAAUCCACCUACGGUCUGCACUCACUAAUACCUAAUGCGCAGGACUCAUAAACAUUACUGUCAAAAACUGAGUAUUUACAUUGCAUGUAUUUGAUAUAUUUGUAAAUAUUCGAUGACUACCAAGAAAGAGCUCUGGAGAGGGUGCUACAUCAGAAAACCGUCACUGCCAAACACACCCACAUACACACAUCAAACUCAAAAUAGGGGCUUCAGAUUCUCCUCCAUAACCAAAUCCAAUAAACCCCACAAAUAAACACCCAGGCUUCGUCUAUAACAAAUAAUUAGUGCCUCGUCUUUCGCAACACAGCCAUGCCUUAACUUGUCAUCCCCUUCCAAGACAAUCAUCCCUUGCGAAACACCACACGGCGAGAAACAGAAUCCUCACUUGUAUUCCCCAAAAAAUAGGCACGUAUUCCGCGGACUUCCGCAGUAUCUCCAUCCCCGCAAAUAUCAUGAGUAACAACCAGGCCCCUCCUGUCCAGGAGAGAGCACCGCAUUAACGCCGACAUACCUCCGACCCGCCGCAUCAUGCUCAUGCCCAAGGCCAACCCCACGCUCGCCUAGAAUAGAAGCCGAGAUAGACAGAUGCAAACAAAAGUUGGGUAAGAUUGAGAUGUACGGGGGUGCUGAGAGGAACGAAAGAGGACAGUAAAAUGAUGCAUAAGUACACCUCAACACCCACUCACCACUUCCACCCCUCACCCACUGAUCCCACGAUAUCCUUCCAUCUACCAACCACAUUCGUUCUUGCAUUUUUUUUACUAUCUUAUCUUCGAUCGAGAAGAUAACACACACUCGUUUCGUUACUACACCGACUUUAUACAUUCGUUUGAUAGAUACUUCACUAUCCCACCGUCACGACCAACAUGCACGUCCCAACAACCACCUUCCUAGCCACCCUCCUAUUCACCCUCACCUCCCGCACAGCAGCCGAACUCCACACAAAUGGCGUCUGCUACAAGAGCGUCGGCGGACAAGCCGUGUACGACGAAGCCGCGACUGUCGCUUCGUGCGGUAACUACUUUAUGCGGAAUACCGGCGGUGAGCAGUGGGAUACUUGUCCCGAUUGCGUCAUGGUUAAGACGGGAGCGAUGAAUCACUGCAAUUCGGCGGGGUGGCAUAUUGGGGGUGACGAGUGGACGUAUUAUUGCGAGCUUAAUGGGGCGGAGCCUAUGACUGGGUAGAUGUAGGGAGAGAUGGGAAGGAACGGGGGUGGAUGGGGGCCUUUUUCUUCUUCUUUUCUUUUCCCGGAUGAGGUACUGCCAAUGUGGAACGAGUUCAUGAUUAUUCUGUGUGUACACGCGGAAAGUGCUGUUUUG